CCUCGAAGUUUCACUGCUCCGAUGCUCCGUUCCAGUAAAAUUUCGUUCCUGGUCAUCUUGCAGAGGGGCACGACAACUUCCACAUGGGACGGACAAAAUGUAUCGAUGCUCUACCUCGACGAACUCUUCUCUGCGGCAGAGCUUUGAAUGGCCAAGACAAUUACGAGGUUGCUGCAUGUCUACCGGCGUUGCUAGCACCAGUGUCAGAAACCGAGAGACAAGCAAGAUAUAUCUGCACCACCAACUCCGACUGAAGGCUAUGUUUGGAUGUCACAACACAAACUUGAAUUGUCCGAUACACCAUAACCUAGGCUCACUACCAGAGGACGAGUGCUAUCAAGAACGAGACUCCGAGUCGAGGAGAGCGCGGAGACCAUCCUGGGCACCAUUUUCUCAAACAUCAACAGCAUCAGUCCAUGUUUACAAUGUCCGACGAUACCAUAGAGCCCUAGACCACCAGGAAAUAAACAUGGCGAGUCCCCAUAUCAGCUGGAAGCUUGCUACGCCUCUUACUGGCCCAACCGCCGGCGAUGUUUGCCGUAUUCCAGGAAAUGACCUCGGGACCGGCAUCCAGUCCAGUCGAGGUAAUGGGCCCUUGGGACUCGGCAUUCAACCCUGUCUGCAGCUUCCUAGAGGUCGCCGACCCUGUCAACUCAAAUUCGACCUCUUCCUCGUCCAUCCUUGUCGACGGAAUGUAGAGACAUAGGGCUGGGCUGAUAUCCAAAUUUGACCCAUAUACAGCUUAAUGUGGCGUUUCCGAGAUUACGGAGACGAUCAAAACAAUUGCAUAGAUGCUCGGCCCCGGACUCCGGCAGACGAGACAAAGGUCGAAAGAGCUUCAGAAAAUUGUCUGCCUAGAUCUAGAUCUGAUCACAUUGAAACUGCAGCGGACCGGUUCGCCGCAAAUCCCGUCAAGCCCGCCAGGCCCAAAAAGGCAACGAGCUGUCCCUGCUCACGUCCAAAUCCAGACAGGACCUUCCCCACCCAAGCAA